AAAACCAAAGAAGAAGAAGUAUUUCCGGUACGAUAGUGUUUACAUGCCGUUGCAGCGUGCAAAUGACGCUAACUAGAUAAUUUACAGACUAAAUAUGAUCCAGGACCGGUGGAAAUAACACCAGAGCAGGGCUUCUGUAUCUUACCGGUAGAGUUUGUCUUCAGCUGAGACGGAAGUUUGGGUUUAAAGAGCGAACCGAGGAUGGCUAAUGCUAAUGCUAACGUGGACCAGAAGGUUCUUCAGUAUGAGACCUUCAUCAGUGACGUGUUGAGGAGAGAUUUACAGAAGGUGAUGGAGCAGAGAGACUCUGUCUAUGAGAAGAUUUCACAGUAUCUGCAGCUGAAGAACACUUUACAGAGUCUCCAGGAGGUGGAGACUAAACAUCUGAAGACAGAGGUCGAUCUGGGCUGUAACUUUUAUGUGCAAGCGGAGGUGGAAGAUUCAUCGAGGAUCUUUGUGGCAGUGGGUUACGGUUUCUUCGUGGAGAUGACUCAUGAUGAGGCUUUGCGUUUCAUCGACAAGAAGACGAGUCAGUUGACAGCCUUCACAGAGCAGCUGACCAAAGACUCAGCCAAGAUUAAAGCCAACAUCCGCCUAGUGCUCGAGGGGCUGAGGGAGCUCCAGGGGCUGACCGACCUGCAGGAAACCGGCAGCAGAAGAGAAGUUUUCUAGACUCCAGUGGCUGCUGAUGUCUUCAGUUUUUUAGACGAGCUGACCCUUUAAAGCUUGGACGAUAAAACACGCCGUUGUUGUCGUGAAGACUCGGAGUCGAGGGACAGUGUCAUCAGCGUUUGCCUUGCUUCUCUUCAGAGCUUUGACAUGGCUGACGUGAUUUCUGUAAUGAUGGAAGAAAAUGGUUAAAUUGACUGCUGGUCACAUGAUGCAGGAGGCUGAGCUAGCACUAGCAUAGUGAGUGAUUGUAUUUGUAUCUGGUUGCUGCAUUGCUGUUAGCAUAAGAAACUUCUCCCCUCCUUCAGCUGCCGUUGUCGGUCACAUGAUCAUACAGAUCGCAGUCGCACUAUCUAUAGAAUUUCCAAAUAAAAUCGCUUUGUCACAGGAGAUUUUAAGGAUUUUUUUUUUUUACACUUUUUGAUCAAUUUUGUUCAAGAUUCAUGUAAAACCUUUAAUAAUAAAUGACUGUAUAAAACAGCUAAUCAAUAUGAUGUAUUUGUACUUAGAAAUAUAUAUGAAGCAAAUAAAGCAAACACUGGCUUCUUGCAUAGAAGAAGAAUAAUGUCGAUUGUUUGGAAAUGUAUUAAAAUUCUCCUUCAGUGUGAA